GUGAUCAGCCGUGUCUAAUGACACGCUGAUCACCGGGAAAUGCAAUUGCCGAUUCUCGACUGCACUUUCCUCACGCUGUCAAAGCAUCAGUGCCCUGAUGAUCGGUGCCCAGCAGUGCCACCCACCAGUUACGCCCACCUGUGCCCAGCAGUGCCACCUACCUGUGCCCAGCAGUGCGCCCACCUGUGCCUAGCAGUGCGCCCACCUGUGCCCAGCAGUGCACCCUCCUGUGCCCAGCAGUGCACCCACCUGUGCCACCCAGCAGUGCCACACACCUGUGCUCAUAAGUGCCACCUACCUGUGCCCAGCAGUGCCACCCACCUGUGCCCACCCACAUGUGCCCACCAGUGCCACCCACCUGUGCCCACCAGUGCCACCCACCAGUGCCUAUCAGUGCAGCCCAGCAGUGCUGCCAGUCAGUGCCCAGCAGUUGUGCCAGUCAAUGCCUAGCGGUGCCGCCAGUCAGUGCCCAGCAGUGAUGCCAGUCAGUGCCACCUAUCAGUGCUGUCUAUCAGUGCCACCUAUCAGU